UCCCCCCAGUCCAGUCCUGGCUACAAAGGAAAGGCGCUGCCACUCUCACAAACUUGUGGAGUUUUCUCUCUCUCUUUCUUGGAUUUGGGAGAGAGAGAGAUGGGAAGAGCUCCUUGCUGUUCUAAAGAAGGGUUGAAGAAAGGCCCUUGGUCUACCAAAGAAGAUUUACUCCUCACCAAUUUCAUUCAGCAACAUGGCGAAGGCCAGUGGAGAUCUUUGCCCAAAAAAGCUGGUUUGCUGAGAUGUGGGAAGAGUUGCAGGCUGAGAUGGAUGAAUUAUUUAAGGCCUGGGAUUAAGAGAGGGAAUUUUAGCCCAGAAGAGGAGGAUCUUAUCGUGCGCCUCCAUUCUCUUCUGGGGAACAGAUGGUCCCUUAUUGCAGGAAGACUACCUGGUCGAACGGACAAUGAGAUCAAAAACUACUGGAACACUCAUCUCCUCAAGAAGCUCAAGAGCUCCGGGAUCGAGCCCAGACCCCCCAGAAAAAUCGUCACCUCCAAGAAAAAAGCGACGAUUCCGAAAAUCGUCACUUCCAAGAAACCCGCCAACAACAGCAGGAACAAAAAGCUGCAGAGGAAAGAAAUCAGCGACCAUAAUCAGCGCUACAAAGUCUACGCUCCCAAAGCGAUUCGCCUCUCCUCGCGGAACAACAGCGUCGAGGAUAUCGCCGGGAGCGUUUCGUCGAGUUCUGGGGAAGUGGAGAACAAAGGUAUUAUUGAUGGGUCGUCGUCUUUUAUUCCCUGGAAUUUGUACGAGCUUCGAGACGACUUCUGCGCCGAAGUUCUCACCGCCGCCGGUGAUGAUCUGUCGCCGCAAUGUGCUCUCCCCGUGGGGAGCGACGAUUGCCUGCUGGAUAAGGUGUACGAUGAGUAUCUCCAGCUUCUCUCCGAGAAUUGUUUUCUUGAAGACGAUCCAUUCGGUGCCAAUCUCUAAUUUCUUUUUUUCUUUUUUGCGACGAAUCAUGAAAGAAUAUGCUAAUAGUAACUAUGGAGUGACUGCGAUCCAGUUUCAGAUUUUCUGUCCAGUUUUUGUAUAAUAUUAUUAACCCAAAAAAAAAAAAAAAAGUCAGUGGCACGUGACAUGCAUCGGGUCUUGAACCGUUCAUCUUUUUCUUUUUUUUUUAGUUUUUUUUUCUCUCUUUGUAUAAUAGUUGGUGUGUUUUUUUCUUCAUUAAAUAAUUAAAGGCCAUGUUCACAUUUCACAUCACCAAAA